AAAACAAGAAGAUGGGAGCAAAGGGUUGGGCCGGGGGUAUCCUCAAGUUUCUAAUGUUUCAAAGUGUUUACCUUCCACAAUCUCAAGAAGACUUUGAUUUCUUCUACUUUGUUGUUCAGUGGCCAGGAGCCUAUUGUGAUACAAAAAGUUCUUGUUGCUAUCCAACAUCCGGCAAACCUGCGGCAGAUUUUGGCAUCCACGGUCUUUGGCCUAAUUAUAACAGUAGUUCAUGGCCAUCAAAUUGCGAUCCCGACAGCAAAUUUGACAGGUCUCAGAUAGAGGAUCUGCUAAGUAGUAUGAAAAAGAAUUGGCCAACACUAUCGUGUCCGAGCAACGAAGGGUUCAAGUUUUGGAAACACGAAUGGGAGAAGCAUGGCACGUGCGCAGAAUCAGUAAUGGACCAACACGAAUACUUUGAGGCUGCUCUUAAACUCAAAGACAAAGCCAAUCUUCUCCAAACUCUCACAAACGCCGAAAUUAACCCGGAUGAUGGAUUCUACGAUCUGAAAAAGAUCACCAAGGCGAUAAAAGAUGGGAUUGGAUUUACGCCAGGACUCCAGUGUAACAAAGAUCGGGAGCGUAAUGANACAAUAAUCAUAGUUGAAUAA